AAUGUUUAAUCUCACAUAAUCACAAUGGCAGUCAGACAACCCGGGUCAGUUGAAACCCGACCCGUUCGAAUUAACCGAUUAAAAGAAAUCCAGUACGAUUACAAAAACACGACCAUCAAAUCGGAUCAGUUUCAUUUCCUGCAGUUUCUGUAAUAAUGGGUGUCAACUGAAUUAAUGAAAGAAUUAGAGUAAAGAAGAUGUCAAAGAUAUUUAGAAGGGUUUCCGAAUUCUUUAAAACCCGAAAUCAUGUGGGUCAAGACAAAGCAGGGAACCGCUAUUUCACAAGAACAGAAGAGAUUGAUGGUAUCAGUAAUGAAAGAGAAAAGAUGGGUAGUCUUCAAAGGGGUCGAGGAUGAUCCAACCUCCAUUCCAGUUGAAUGGAUUUGCUGGUUGAAUGGGCAGCGUAAAAAGGCUCCUACUCCUGAGGAAAUGAUUGAACUUGAAGCAAGACGUGAGCUUGUAAGACAAAACAUAGCUCUUCGCAAGAAAGAAGAAGAGGAAAGGAGAGCUAGAGAAGGUGGUUCUCGCAAAGUCAGUAGCACUGGUAAAGUUGGAGGUCCAGACUUGAAAAGUUUCAUUCAACAGUUUCCCAGUGAUUCAAAAGGUCUCAAGUUCAAGGAAGAAUCAAAAGCAACAGACAGAGCAAGGAAAAGAGAUAGAGAGCCUGAAAAUGCAGAAGAAGAUCCUCUGCCAUCGUCUUCAGAACCUUCAGGAUCUGGUUCAACUUACAGGCCAGGGACAUGGCAGCCACCGACUUAACAUUUUUCCGGACACUACUAGCCUCUCAUACAAUAGUCAUAGGAAUUUGCAACAGGAUCCUGGUUUGCCAUCAAAUUUUCUAUCACAUCCAUUCUUUAUCCUAUCCUCUUUUUUUGCGAUAUCGAGAAUUUUAGGAGGCGGCCCUUAUUUAACACAAAUGACUCGACUAUUUAUAAUCGAGGUUAACACCAAGUUUUCUGCUAGUUUUAACCGCAAUAAGUAAAUGUCGUAAUUUUGGUUACUCAAUCUACGCCAUUAACAAUAGUCAUUACAGAUUUUCUACGAACAUUCACUCUUGUAUGGCAAUGCUAGAUAUGGAUAAAAGAUCACUGCAUCAUUGUUUC